UGACUUGACAGACAUUUAGUUCAUGAAUUUUCAGUGCUCAGUUUUUUGUCAGUGUCACUUAAGGCUCGCAAUUUCUUCUAAAGAUUUGGCGAGGUAGCCUUGAAAAAAUCAGUUUUAUGUGUUUGAAUAUUCUAAUGCCUCGGUAGAGGAAGAUUAUUGAUUCGAGAUAGUUUAUUUUGAUCUUGAAAUGGUUACAAUAUGUAAAAUAUUUCCACUCAUGCAAACCUGUCAAGUAUUUUCGUUUUUACGAUUAAAGUAAUGCGAAUUGUCAAAGGAAACUGUGCAUAAUGUAGGUAAACCCUAGAAGUUUUUACUGAAUGGGUGGUUGACUUUUAUUACAUUUGACCAAGGACAUGUACAUAAUAAAUCAUCGUCACUCACGCCAUUCGUCAAUAUCUGCGAGCUCCAGAACAUGCUCUCCCGCUGGCGAUGAACACCUGACCGAACCAUGGAGAAUCGUGGUGGAUGGAGUAAUGGCGUAUCAGGUGCUGCUGGAAAUGUUACAGAUGAUUCGCAGAUGGAUCACGAUCGAGUACGGAAGGAGUUUUACGCCACCUACGACGUCAUGACGGGUGUGCGCAUAGCCGCGACACUUGGCGGCUUUUUCGCAUUAAUGGUUUUUUUGAUCGUCUACAAAAGCCGAAGUAAAUCGGUGAAGGCUUUAAAUGAUCCAAAACUGGUCGAGCUUGCUGAAGCCGUUGUAGCCGAAGAACAAGCAGUCGAAGAAGAAAGACAACUUACAGCUGCUCUCGAAGAAGCACUAUCAGAGCGAGCGCGGUCUCGUCCUUCCAUUGGGGAAGAGCCACCUUGGCCACGGACCUCACGUUUUGCAUCGUAUGGAGGCGGCUAUGGUAGUUUAUUGACACCCCCACGACGGCUUUCUACAGCCCGAGGCGAGUCUCUACCUGGAUCCGCGCUACGAUUCGCAGAGCGUCGCGCAUCUGGAGGGCCACGCGACCGUCGGCUUAGUUCGGUCACUUGCUCCAGCUCCGGAAGUUCAUAUCUAGAACGACGGGGUUCUUCAGUGGUCUGUGCAUUGCCGGAAAGGCGUUUGUCGCCUUGUCCAAGUGAACGACUAGCCCCGUUGGCGUCAGUUGGUAGCGUAGGAACGUCCUACGCUGUGGAAUGUGAGUUAGUGUCAGUUGGUGCGGACUCUGUAUUCGCUGAGGAUGAUGACUCCACCGAUGAUGAGGUGGAACAAUUUUCGACUGACAGCGGUGGAGGUGAGCACGGCGUUGUCGGCGAGAGCACGGAGCUCUCAUGCCGGCCUGCACCGCCGCUUCGCAUUGACCGGGUGUCACAGUCGCGGGAAACGUUGUUUUAGUUGCCGUCGUAACUCGUUGGCCGUUGAUGUUACUCGCACAUUAAAAUAUCGACUUUUCUAAAAAGGUUUAAUUAUGAAGUGGUUUUUUAACAUAUCACGCAGACCUUGAAACUUUUGACAUAUCAUUUUAAAUUGACCAAAUGGAGACAAAUUGUCUCAACAAAUAUUUUUGUUAGUAUGGGUUUAUACAAAUAAAAUAUAGGGUCUGUCAUGAUUGGAACUAUAAAAUAUUAUUUAUUUAUUUUGUUAGGUUUGUGAAAUUCGCUUAAGAAAUGCACUAUGUACAAAAACUCCACUAAGAAAGUGUCGAUAUUUUAAUAUGUAAAAUAGAAUGUAAAUAGUUUGUUUUUGUUAUUAAUUGAUGUUUCAUGUUGAUGUUUCAUGAUACAGUUACGAAUUUUCAUUAAUUACAAGUAGGUGACCAAAUAUAUUUUUGCUCAUGUAUUGUUGCGCUAAAUUAACCGUUUAUCGGUAUCGCCGCUCUGCUGCUAGUUGACCUGCCUGCAUAAACAUUAUACGAGUAACGAAGCUGACUUAGUCACCAUUUAGUGUUCUUUGUAAGUGUAUGAUACGUACAUACUGAUUAGGUAAAGAUCUGCCGAAUUAGUCGUUUAUAGGCACUUUUAUGUAAUUAUUUACUUCCCAUGACUAGUUGUUAAAUAGUUUUCGAAGAUUUGUCUGAUAUUGGCCAAUCUAUUUACAAUAUUUUCAAUUCUUCGUCGGGCUAUAAUCGCUGCCUGUGAUUCUGAUAUUAUUCAGAACGACUGUUUUAACUUUACUAAUUCUGCAUCGCUACUGAGUGCCAAUAGUAGACGUGUCGACGGCAAAUGUCACUGCUGCGACCCGUCCGUCUUUGCGGUAGGUCAUAUACAAAUAGGGUUAGUGGUGAAAUUUUCAUUUUUGUAUAAUGACAACUACGAGCACUAUCUCAUGCGCUUUAUACAAAAUCUAGUCAAAAAAUACAAGACAUAAUUAUAUACAAUCAAGUCGUCAAUACGUAUGUAUGUCCGCUAUCCACCAAACUCGAUUACCUACUUGUGAGAUUACUUUGUUCUAAUUUUACGCCAAAGGCCCAGAUGCGUUAGAAAAAAAUAUUUUGUUCUACUUAGACCAGUCUAAUAGUUUUGCCGAAAUAAGCACAGGUGACAUUAAUUUGGACCUGUAAGACUUCUAUCGUAUUAUAAAAAAUAGGAGUAUCAGCAGUGUUGGCCGAAACGUUAAUGCAAUUGAAUAUUCUUGACCAUUAACCAGUACAAAUUGAACCGUAAACGGUAACUGACGGUUACAGAUGAGCUGUGCUUAUUUCGGCAAAACUAUUAGACUGGUCUAAGUAGAACAAAAUAUUUUUUGCAAUUAACGUUCGGCCAACACUGAGUAUCAGGCAGUGACAUUGUCGUAUAUGUGGCGCAUUUUUGAUUGAACAUGUCGGUAAUAAAAUGUAGAUAGAUACUAACUUGUUAGGAUAGUUGUCAGUAAAAAGUCAAUUUGAAAAUGUGUAAUUGUAUUAUAUUUAGUAUUGUUCGUAACUACCCUUAAAAUUUAAAGGGCUCAUAAGACCAAUUCGUCCUUUGAACAAUAAAAACGCUAGAAGCGGCCUAAAGUUUGCUCGUACCAAUCUCACAUUUCCAGAUAAACUGCCACUAUUCUUGUUUAGUAAUGUAGUUAUUUGAUCGGUUGCCGGGCCGGGCAGACGGGGCCCGUCCAGUCCAUUUCAUGAGAUAUCAGAAAAUCGUCAACAAUACCCAUUUGAAGAUGGGCCUCCACAAAAAGCGCCAUCUAGGAUGGCUCAAGGGCAACACCGGUCACCAGCCAACUUACGUUUCCACAUCUACCCUCGAGAAUGCAGCUCUUGCGACUUCACUCUGGCUGGCUGGUUAAGGCAAGCCACAGGCAGAUAAUCCUGUUUCACCCACCCUCCUUCGCGUGACAAAAUUCCCUGAGGAGAACUCGAGUACGUGAGGUCGCUACUCCCAACAGCUCGCCACUAGCUGCCCUGCGUUGAAGUAGAUUUAUUUUAAAGUAUAUUGGUAACGGUGUUCUAGUAUGAUUGUAUGUAUCACGUGGAAAGGAAAACUGCUGUUCUAUAGUCCGUUUUUUUUAGCAUUAGAAAGAACUUCGCAGAAGUAAGCUUGUGGUUCCAAAUCCGGCACUUUUGGCGGUAAUAAUUUGAAGUAAAUUAUAUGUAUUGACCAUGCUACAUUAGAUAAUUCAAUAAUUAUUAACAAUUAAAGAGCCUGAUAAAAACUGCACGCUUGCUUCUCUGGAGUUCUUUCUAAUGCUAAAAAAAACGAACUAUAGGGUGGUAGCAUCCGUUGACCGGCUGCACCGGCUCCCGUUCGCAAACGCCCAGCAACCAUGUGGAUCUAAUAACAGCUUAACAAAUGUUAACGGACACUGGAGUUUUAUUGACUCCAGCUAAUGCUGAUAAUCGUGCAAUCGCCACGCGCGCGCGGUUUGAUUUGAGGUAGAUUACCUACACACUAAGUCGUUUUUAUUACAAUUUAGAUUUACGUGUUAGUUUAUGUAACUGUUCGUUGCUCGAAUUAAAAAGAGCUCCCGGUAGCCUGUAAAAUGUUGAAAUGUAUGUAAAAAAAUGUAAAUAUAAAACACAAGUCA